AUGGUGCCCCUUUGCGCCUUGCCCGGGCUUCCUCUGUCUGUGCCAGGAAGCUGUAUGCCGGUGGCAGCCUCUGGGUGUGGCCUGGGUAGCUGUGUGCUUGGACGAGACUCUGGGCGGUUGCUUACUUUAUUAUCCAUUUCAGAAAUUGUUAAAAACCUGAUUAUGAAAGAGAAUUCACCUAGAAUACCUGAAGCAAUUGAUAGACUCUUCAUGGACAUAGCAAAUGUCAACAGGGAGUCUAUGGCUGAAAUACAGGAUGCUCAGGUUGAAGAAAUGGCAAUAAACCUGUGGAACUGGGCAGUAACCAAGAAAGUAGGGUCGGUUAUAAGUGAAGAGCAAAAGGCUAAAUUACAGCAUGUUGCUUGCAAGUUGGUGUGUAUGUGUGAAGGCUCAGCUGCUUCAGAAGAAUUUAUUAAAAGACACAUUUUGAUGAAUAUGAAAACAGGAAAAGGAUGGGUGGAAGUUGGAAAUGCUGUGAUCGCUGAUGAAUUUUUUCAAGCUGCCAUGGCUGGUCUGGAGCAAUUAUACGUCCGAUUAAUGCAGAGUUGCUCCACUGAAGCCUAUGCGACUAUGCAGAAGAUAGUUGUGGAGAGGGACCUUCUCAAAGUGCUUUCUUACCAAGCAGAGUCGGCAAUUGCUCAAGGGGAUUUUCCAAGAGCAUCUACAUGUGUACUGCGUUGUAAAGAUAUGUUGUUGAGGCUCCCCAAAAUGACUGGAUAUCUUCAUAUUCUCUGUUACAACUUUGGACUACAAACAUACAAUCAGAAUAAAUAUGAAGAAAGUUCUUUCUGGCUUAGCCAGAGUUAUGAUAUUGGGAAGAUGGAUAAGAAUUCUGUUGUGCCAGAAAUGCUGGCUAAAGUUCUACGGUUACUAGCCACCACUUAUUUGGAUUGGGACAACAGAGAAUAUCGUGAUAAGGCUCUCAGCACUAUAAACCUAGCAAACAAGGAACAUUUAAAUCCAGCUGGGCUUUUCUUAAAGAUGAGAAUCCUCUUGAAGGACAAAACAGCUAAUGAAGAACUGUUGGAAGCUGUCAUGGAAAUACUACAUCUUGACAUGUCUUUAGAAUUCUGUCUGAACAUUGCUAAACUGCUGAUGGAUCAUGAAAGAGAAACUGCUGGGUUUUAUUUCCUGGAGCGUAUCUGUGAACAUUUUAAGUCAUCAGAAAGUAUUGGAAGAGCUUUACUGUUCCACAUUGACAUGCUUUUACAAAGGAAUGAAGUACUGCUUGCCGAGGAGAAGAUUGGAGAAAUCAUCACAGGUCACCAAACAGGAAGACAACUGACAACAGAAUUAGUACACUAUUUACACAGCAUUCUGUGGGGAAAAGCUGCCAGAAGUUUUGAGGUUCAAAAUUAUGCCGAUGCUCUACACUGGUACUAUUAUUCUCUGAGAUUUUAUGCACAUGAUCAGGCGGAUCCAGAAUUGGCAAAGCUGCAUAGGAACAUGGCUUCCUGUUUCCUGCAUUUGGAACAACUUGAUAAGGCUAAAGAAGCAAUGUCAGAAGCUGAAUUACAUGAUCCUGCAAAUAUUUUCACUCAAUUUUAUAUAUUCCAGAUUGCAGUCUUAGAAGGCAACUCUGACAGAGCUUUGCAGGCAAUUACUGCUUUCGAGGAUUUCUUAACAGCUAAAGAACCAGGAAAGAAGGGCCUAUUUGUAGAAAGAGAUUCACCUGUCAUGCUCCUCGGUUUAGCUGCCCAGUUUGCUCUAGAGAAUGAACAAAAAACUGUGGCAGAAAAAGCUUUGGAAUGUUUUGCUCAAUACUCAGAAGAUGCACAAGCAACUCUUGCAGCUUUAAAGUGUUUCUUUCGUCUUGCUGUUGCAAAAGUUUCUCAAAUGCCAGAAUCUGAAAACAAAAAGAAAGAAAUGGGUAGACUUUUGACUUGCUUGAAUAUAGCACUCCCGAAUCUUACUCAGAUUUUUGAUGGAGAAGCCUGGGCUUCAGACGCAAAGAUUAAUGAAGCUCACUGGUUUCGAAAAAUAGCUUGGAACUUGGCUGUACAAUGUGACAGAGACCGAGUGACAAUGAGAGAGUUUUUCAUACUUUCUUAUAAGCUGUCCCAGUUUUGUCCUUCCAAUCAAAUAAUUCUGACUGCACAGAAAACAUGUUUACUUAUGGCAGCUGCAGUUGAUAUAGAGCAAGGGAGAAAUGCUUCAACAACUUUGGAACAGGUAAUGUUCCUGAGUCGUGCACUAGAGCAGAUCUGUAAAUGCAGAGAGAUCUGGAAUCUCCUGAAAGAAGCAGGGGAUUUCUCAAAUGAUAUAUAUGAGAAGUUGCUUCUGCUGUAUGAGUUUGAAGUUAAAUCCAAAACGAAUGAUCCAUUCCUGGACAGCUUCCUAGAAUCAGUGUGGGACCUGCCUCAUUUAGAAAGUAAAACAUUUGAAACAAUUGCAGGAUUAGCAAUGGAAAUGCCUGCACACUAUCCUACCAUCGCUCUAAAGGCCUUGAAAAGGGCUUUAUUGCUCCACAAAAAGAAAGAACCAAUUGAUGUUUUGAAAUACAGCAAAUGUGUGCACCGUUUGAUCAACCUCUUGGUGCCAGAUGGGGUGCCAAAUGCAGAACUGUGUCCCCUGGAAGAAGUUUGGGGCUAUUUUGAAGAUGCUCUGAGACUUAUUCGCCACACUGAAGGUUACCCAGAAAUGGAGGUUCUCUGGCUGAUGAUUAGGUCCUGGAAUACUGGGAUAUUUAUGUAUCACAGUAGCAAGUAUGUAUCUGCUGAAAAAUGGUGUGACCUGGCACUUCGCUUCCUGGACCAUCUUGGCUCCCUCAAGAGAAGCUAUGAAAUUCGGAUGAAUGUUCUGUAUAAUGAGCUUACAGAAGCACUAGAAAAAAUCAAGGACUAACUUUUUAUCAAAGAAUAAGAAUUGCCAGAAGAAGGCCCAUAACCAUAUGCAAGCAAGCUGACAACAACUCAAAGAAUAUUAUGGGCCUGCAAUUGUUGAACAUUUAAAU